GGGUUACAGAUGGCUUAUUACUUUCAACGUGCAGGCCGAGACUACGUUGUAUUCGAACGGAAUAAUAUUUCAGGAUCCUUUUUUACUCACUAUCCAAGGCACCGACGUCUACUUUCCAUUAAUAAAAAACAUACAGGAGCAAAAAAUGCUGAAUUUAAUUUAAGACAUGAUUGGAAUACACUUUUAAGCCAUAAGAGUAAUUUAACCAUGACCCGUUAUUCCGAUGACAUUUAUCCACAUGCCGACGACUUGGUCAAAUAUUUAAAUGACUACGCUAACGAGCUGAAGCUAAUGAUAAGAUAUAAUAAAAACAUCACUAGAAUAACUCGAGUUCACUCCAAGAAGUCUAUUAUUUUUAAACUAGUUGAUCAAAAUAUGGAAUGUUAUGUAUGCGAUAGACUCAUUAUCAGUACUGGAUUGGCAACACCAUAUAUACCGAAAUAUGUACCUGGAAUGGAAUACAUCGAUGGUUAUGAAUCAAUUUCGACAAAUGCCUCCGAGUUUAUUGGUCAAAACAUUUUAAUUCUUGGCCAAGGCAACUCUGGCUUUGAAACUGCUCAAAGUUUGUCCUCUGUUUCAAAUUUCCUUCAUGUUUUGGGAGGGAGUAAUGUUCGAUUAGCAACCUCCACCCAUUAUAUAGGCGAUGUUAGGGGUAUUAACAGCAAGAUCCUUGAUUCAUACCAACUAAAAACAUUGGAUGGGCUUUUAGAAGAACGUAUUAGUGCCAUUGGUUUUGUUAAACGCGAGGACAACAAACUCCAUCUUUGUUUUAAGGAUGAUAACUCCGGCAAUUUAACAGAAUCCAAAAGUGAUCUUAGAUACGAUCGUAUAAUAAGAUGUUUAGGAUUUCGAUAUGACAAGUCAAUAUUUAGUGAAAACUCAAGACCACUAUCUGGAAGAGGAAAAUUAUGGAAGUACCCUGAAAUUACAGAAAGUUAUGAAUCGACAUCAACUCCUAACAUGUUUUUUGCUGGUGCGUUAGCACAUUCCCUAGACUAUCGCAUUUCCGGUGGCUGUUGCAUUCAAGGAUUCAGAUAUACAGCUAGAGCAUUGCACCACCUGUUAGAGUGGCGGUAUCACAAAGUUCCUUGGCCUGCUAAAUUGCUAACGCCAUCAACUCUAUAUGAUGAACUAAUAACACGUAUAAACCAGGCUUCGGGCUUAUACCAGAUGUUUAGCACAUUGGCUGAUGUUAUAUUAAUAGACGCAAAAAAUCUUCCUCGAUAUCUUACAGAAGUACCUGUGGCAGUUCUACCAGAUCUACAGGAAUUAACCGGUAGAAUGAUAUCCAAUGGCUUUAUUACAUUAACCUUUGAAUAUGGAAAGAAUUUUUCCGAACGCCACACCGAUACGUUAAGCACGGAAAAUUAUAGACAUACAGCUGAGACUGCUCACCAUAGCAAAAAUAUCCAUCCAGUUCUUCGUUACUAUCGAAAAUCUACGCUAAAAAAAUUGUUGGAAAAAAAUGAAAUGCCCGUACCUGAUAGAAUCCAUCACGUCCUUGAAGAUUUUUUAACUGAUUGGUAUGAACGUUUAAUUUACUAUAUAAUUUAA